AUGAGUACGAUUUCAAUUCGAGGUGUGAACACGUUAAAAAAUAGUGCGACAUCCGGCUCAUGCCGCCCUGACGAUGACAUCGGCUAUGAGCAGUUGACAGAAAGGCUUCUUAAAUGUCUUCAACGUACUGGUUCUGAAAAUCCGCCAAUGCGGCCUGAAGCUUCUAUGUGUUCCCUUUUAAGAUGUCGUGAGUUUGGACAUCGUAUGCCUCCAAUGACGUUUCAGCGUGGGAUGCAACGUGCUCUAAUAAUAAAUGCUAUUCCUCCGGGUGAAUCUCCUGAUUGGCUAAUAAUUCUUACAAAUCUUGGACGACUUUUAGUUUUAAAUUUAAGAAAUGGUGAUUUAUUAGCUCAAUUCCUUCUUCCUGUUCAGGAAGUCAAAUUUAAUUCAAUGUAUCCGAAUGAAGCAAACAAAUCUUUUUCGGUGUACGGGCAAGUCUUUCCAGCCUUGAGGCCUCCUAAUACCGGUCGUGAAUAUGUGAUAGCUAUGUUUACUGUCUAUCCGCUUACUUUUAAUGGCAUGUUUAAAAUGCCAAAAGAAAUAUUUGGAGAAGUUGUUAAUGUUAAUGUCAUUGGAGAGAUGGUUAUUGUUUUUCGAAAAAAACCUCAUGAAGUUGUCAUCUACGAGUUGAGAGAUCUUCGAAACAGAGUGGGAGGUUUUUUUCAUAUUGAAAUGUUCACUCAUACGUCAUAUCAACCAGGUGAAUUCGCUGGUGGGACUGAGGUACUUCCAUUUUCCAUCUUUGUGACUGAAGAGCCGCAGAUCUGUUCACGUAUUGAGGGCAAUUGGUCUACUCUUGAAUACAGUGGAUUCCCAUAUCAUUUCUUAGGAACACCCUCCAACUGUCGUUGCCGUUUUAAAUUGAUGGAUGCAGCUCAAAAGAAGAGUAGUGCAGAAAUUGAAAUGCCUCCUGGGUUUUGCGAUAGACCUGUUGAGAAUAAAUGCCUCGUGAUUGAGGACACUCCAAUGUUCUUCUUGGCGGACGAAUCCGGAAGAAUAUUGCGUUUUGAAGACCAAAUGCUGGUUUCUUACGACUUUCGAGCGGUUGACGGGAAAAUGAAAAUUACCCAACAGUGGCGAACUGGCAUUUGGGCUGGGGAAGAUUUCUUAAAUAAUUCUGCACAAGUGAUUAGCAUGAUGUCCCGAUCCGGUCGUCGUAUAGUGCCUUCUCAGAAUUACGUUCCUGAUUACCGUUUAGUAAAUAAUAUGAUGCCUUUUCAGACAGUUAAAGGAGUUGAGUACAGUCCAGACUUGCAAAUGCUCUUCGUUGCAGCACUUUGUGACCUUUACGCGCCAGUUUUUGACGAUCCAGAAAGGCCAUAUGACUUUGUCACUAGAAGGAACGCAUUUCUAGACGGUUCAGAUCUGGCAAUACUGGCUUACUGUAUUGAUGCCAUCUCGGGGAGAAUCCUUAAAGUCAGCUUAAUGCGGUCAUCCUAUCUAGAAUUUGUUGCUAGCCAGUUCUGUUCAUUCCAGAAUAUUCAGUUCCAGCUUGAUGCUUUAGACGCUGGCUUGACUUUUUUACAACGAGGACGGCAGAUGUCAUUGGUGGAAGUUCAGCGUUUACAAGAAAUAGGUGUGAAAGAGUGGGAACGUCCUGAGAAAACUGAGACUAAAAAAGCGACCAAAGGUCGCAAUCAAACCAAAGAAAGGAGCUCUCAUACUGAUUCUGUUAGAUUUCGACACGUGCGCGGUCACCAACCAACUGGUAGGAGUCGAGUUUUGAAUGACGUUCAAGUCCCACCUGGUAGCUUGAGACGGCGAAGACACCGCAGACGAUUUGGCGACGAUGAUGAUGAUUACGAUGAUGAUGAGGAUUGGAAUUUAGCACAUCCUACAGAUUAA